AUGAGGCCCGACCAAACCUACGAAAUCUACACAGAAUCCGAAUCCGAAGAAUUUGACAAUGACUACGUGGAAGGUGACUCUCUAUUUGAUAGUUGCAGUGAAGUUGACGAUAACGAUUACGAUCCAGAAGCCGAACAAAGAUUCUACGAAGAAGAAACGUACCAAGAAUUCUGCGGCGACUUUGAAAGAGAAAACAUGCCGCCUGAAUUUUUCCAAGCUUUACGAGAACGAGUUAGUCCGAUUCUCGAAUUGAAAAAUCAAUUACGAAUUUUGACAUAUAGAAUUGACAAUAACGAACGGUAUACUAACAGUGAACUUUUAGAACAAGAGUCAACGAUGCAUCGCAGUUUUGAAGUCGCGUUUCCCGGUGAUAUUGAUGAUCACCCAGAUAAAGAGUGGAGAAUAUUUCGUAAUUGUUUGGAUGAUGCGAGGUUGGCUGUUGAAGAUUUGUGUUCGUUGCUCAAUUAUGGUCAGUUGUGUUUGCAUUCGCAUUGGCCUCAUUAUACUCCUUCCGAACAGGAGGACGAAGAGAGUGAAGACGAAGAAUAG